AGUUGCUUACAUGCUGAUCAUACUGCAUGCGGGACGAACAUCACCACAUCCACAGCCAAUACUGCAUAUGACAGGACAACCGUCUCAUUUGUUAGAAUAAACCCUUGAGCUGAUUUUUACGCGCUGAAGCCUACUGAAGUUGGACAUUUUAUUUAUUAAUUUUUUUUUGGUGCGUGUGAUGAUGACAAACUGUCGUGGAGGAGGUGAAGAGAUGAAGAUAUAGCCACUUGCAAAAUCUGAAUCGUCGUUAUAGUCGUUCCUCCCAAGGAUUAUAUACUCUUUUAUAUUCUUCUGCAAUAUCGGAUUUUUUUCUCGGUGUGCGCGUGUGAUGUGCGCCAGCAAACAAUCUCCAAGACUGAUUUCCGAAAAGGCGAAAAAGACAAACUGAGAUCUCCAUACUGGCAAAUGCACGUCCAAAAUGUGGUAACUGAAAGUUGCUCACGGAAGAAAUAGGAGGGUCCAGUGUCACACAUGUAGAGGGGCUUCAGUAGCUGGUAUGUCCUCAAAGCUCCGGAAUGCUCUCAUAGGCUAAACCAAUCUGGGCUGCAUGCUUUGCGAUCUCUGAUAUACUCUGAUGCAUUUCAAAGAAUCCGUCAGAAUACAGAGCUGACAGUUCUGAUAAACGAGUGCCGUUCAGACCGAUCAGACACUGCUAACGGGAAUUAUUUAAUGAGAACGAGAAAGGUCAUAUGAACUGCACAGGGCUAGAAGUGCGUCUCACGGAAAUCUUGGGUUGCAGAUCUGACGGAAACACGUGCUAUUCGGUCUCAUCUGCGGCAACGAUGCUUUUCCACGGUCUGCCUGGAGGCGAGAUGCAUGGUGUUAUGGAAGAAAUGGAGCGGAGAGGAAAGAGCGAUUCGGCGACUAUCAGCUCGGCCAUAGAUAUGGGGGAAACAGAGACGAACAUGCCUUCAAUCAGCGGGGAUCGGGUGGCUCUGUGCGCCGGCUGCGGAGGCAAGAUUUCGGAUCGCUACUACCUGCUCGCCGUGGACAAGCAAUGGCACAUGCGCUGUCUGAAGUGCUGCGAGUGUAAACUGAACCUGGAGUCUGAGCUCACCUGCUUCAGCAAAGACGGAAGCAUCUACUGCAAAGAAGACUAUUACAGAAGGUUUUCGGUGCAGAGAUGUGCCCGGUGCCACCUCGGGAUCUCGGCCUCGGAAAUGGUCAUGAGGGCCAGGGAUUUGGUGUACCACUUGAACUGUUUCACCUGCACGACUUGCAACAAAAUGCUGACGACUGGGGACCACUUCGGCAUGAAAGACAGUCUGGUGUACUGCAGGCUACACUUUGAAACGCUCAUCCAGGGAGACUUCCCCACGCAUUUCAAUCACACGGAUGUAGCGCCUAAUAAAGGACUGAGCAGCACGGGCCCUCUAGGACUGUCUUAUUAUAACGGCGUGAACACAGUGCAAAAGGGCCGGCCCCGAAAGAGGAAGAGCCCUGGGCCCGGAGCGGACUUGGCGGCGUAUAAUGCAGCAUUGAGCUGCAAUGAGAACGAUGGCGAUCCGAUGGACAGAGACUCACAGUACAGCAGCAGCCAGAAGACGAAGCGUAUGAGAACGUCAUUUAAACACCAUCAGCUGAGGACCAUGAAGUCGUAUUUCGCCAUCAACCACAAUCCUGACGCCAAGGAUCUGAAACAGCUGGCCCAGAAAACAGGACUCACCAAGCGCGUCCUACAGGUGUGGUUUCAGAACGCUCGAGCGAAGUUCAGACGAAAUCUUCUGCGUCAGGAGAACACCGGUGUGGACAAGGCUUCGGAUGGGUCAAAUUUGGCUGGAGGAACGCCGUCCGGACCUGCGUCGGAGAUAUCAAACGCCUCCAUGAGCCCUUCCAGCACCCCGACCACCCUCACAGACCUGACCAACCCCACAAUGCCCACCGUCACCUCCGUACUGACCUCUGUCCCGGGCAGCCUGGACGUUCACGAAUGCCGGAGUCCAUCGCAAAGCACCUUAACCAGCCUCUUCUGAUGCACAGACACUAACAAGUCACCUUUAUCUGCUCCCUAAGAAGACCGAUCAUGGAUGCAUCCAUCAUUUUACCCCACUGCAAAAACAAAAAGAGUUCUUGCUUAGUGUUUCUGUCUCAUUUUCAAGUUACAAAAGUGUUAGAUGAAGAUUAACAAGUGAAAGAAGUGCCACUAUUUGCUCAUUUACACAAACAUAAAAAGACUUUUGUUUCUUGUUCAGGCUACUUAUUUAAAAUGAGCUGAAACAAUACAACUCUUAAGUUUGUUUUGGGACAACCUAAUUGUUUUAUGUUCAAUUCACUUAAAUUCGUAAAAAACGACUAUGUUAGAUUAAUUAAUGUGUGUUGGGACAACAUUAAGGAAUCGUGUGGAACCCCACUGUACAUUGUAAAAAAUCCUGGCUUCCACAUAAUCGAUUUGUGUUGGGAGAACAUAAUUGAAUUAAGUUAGCCUAUUAGGUUUUACAAAUUUAAGCUGAAUGUAGAAGAAUUAAGUUGUCCCAAAUACACUCAAGAAUUAUGUUGUUUUAGCUCAUUUUGAAUAAGUAGUUUGAACAAACAACAAAUGUCAUUCCCUUUAGAAAAAAAAAUGCAGGGUUCCACACAAUUCAUUCAUGUUGUCCCAACACAAUUUGAUUGAGUUAACUUAACACUUUUUACAAAUUUAUGUCUAUUGAACUUAAACAAAUUAAGUUGUCCCAAUGAAAUCUAAAGAAUUGAGUGGUUUCAACUCAUUUUAAAUAAGUAGUUUGAACGAGCAAAAAAUAAUAAUUUUUUGUGUGUUGUUUUUGGAGUGUAUCAAGUAAUUUUGCUUGAGUAAAUGCAUGGUAAUUUAACCCUUUAUAGUGUGAAGAGUCAUAUCUGUGACCCUGGACAUCAAAGCAUUGUUGCAUAGGUAUAUUUCUCAACAGUAGCCAACAUUUUUACACAGUAGCCAGAUUUUUAUCUUAAACAUCACUUGGAUAGUGCGUAAAGAUCAUGUCCAUGUAGAUAUAUUGUAUAUUUAUUAUCAUAAAUAUAUCAAAACUUAAUUUCUGAUUAGUAACAUCAGCCUGUCAGUUUAGUGGCUAAUUUGUACGAAUUCAUACGAGUUCAGUCGUACGAAAAUGUACGAUUUUAAAAAGGAGACAAGGCACCCAAUCCUACCCCUAACCCCAACCGUCACUGGGUGAUGAGCAAAUCAUACUAAAUUGUACGAAUUAGAUUGUACUAAUUCAUACGAAUUAGCCACUAAAUCCCAAAAAUAUACAUUCCUAAGAGCUUAACUUAGCCAACUUUUCUCAGUAUUUAGCUAAUUUCGGACCCUCAGAUUUCAGAUUUUCAAUUUUUCACAUCUCAGCCAAACAUUGUCCUAUAUUCUUAAAAAGUAUACAUUAUUGUAAAACUUAUUAAUCUAACUUUCAGGUGGGGAAUUCAAACAAAAUAGUUUCAAAAUCAAUAAGAAAUCCAACUAAAAAUAUCCAACCAAACUCACCUUCCUUUCCAAGCAAACCUUUGCCAACUUUAUGAUCAAGAGGCAAACUAAGUUCCUCUUGGAUCUGUAAUUAUUCAUUCAUUCAUUGUCCUACGGCUUAGUCUUUAUUUAUGAGGUCCCCACAGUGGAAUGAACCACCAGCUAUUCUAAAAAAAAA